CUCAACCGAUUGGAAAUAAAAAAGAAUUGAAAGCGACGGACCGAGAGCACCAACAAAAGAUCCGGAGAUCCUUUCUGUGGCCGCAGUUAAGCAGUCCGACCAACUACCACCUUCCAGCCAGUAAAACUAAACGGGCUAGAAAAAAUGGCAUCCGUUACAUCGAAAACCCCGAUGCUUCGUGCUGCAGCGGCCCGUGGCUAUGCCGCUCAUGCCCAGGCUGCCGCUGCAAGCCGUGGAUCGGGCGAAGUGCAGACGACCACCCUUCCUAACAAGCUGGUCGUUUCAUCGGCGGAACCGAAUGCUCCUGUGUCCCGGAUUUCUAUCGCUUUCCGUGCCGGAUCGCGCAACGAAACUGCCGACAGCCUAGGUGCAGCACACGUGCUGCGUGCUGCCGGAGGUCUCUCCACCAAGUCAGCUACCGCGUUUGGCAUUACGCGCAACAUUCAGCAGGCUGGCGGUUCCCUGACGUCUUUGGCCGACCGUGAGGUGGUAUCGUACAGUGUUGCCGUGACGAAAGAUCAGCUGGAGGUUGGUUUGAAGUAUCUGGAGGCUACCGCCACCGGCCAGGUGUUCAAGCCCUGGGAGCUGGCCGAACUGGUACCCACCAUCCGCAACGAGCUGGCCCGUUUGCCGGCUGAAGUCCAAGCCGUCGAAUUGCUGCACAAGGCCGCCUUCCGAGACGGACUGGGCAAUUCCGUCUUCUGCCCAGACUAUCUGGUCGGCAAGCAUUCGUCGGAAACGAUGCAGCACUACUUUGCGACCAACUGCACCACAAACCGUGCGGCCGUUGCCGGUGUCGGUGUUGAUCAUCAGCUGCUGGUUGGCUUUGCCCAGAGCCUUGCACUUGAGUCUGGGGCCGGUGGCGAUAAUAAGUCCACCUUCAACACCGGUGAAGUGCGUCGCGAAGGAGCCGGUUCUCGCGCUGCCGUAGCCGUGGGCGCCCAAGCUGUUGGUUGGAAAACGGCAUUGAACGAAGCUGCUGCCUUCUGGGUGCUGCACUUCGCUUCGGGUGUGGGCCCGGCAACCAAGCGUGGUGCUAACAAUGGUGCCCUCACGAAGGCGCUCGCUGGUGUUAACUCUAGUUCUCUGUUCAACGGAUACUCCGAUAAUGGAAUGUUCGGAUUCAUCGUGUCUGGAAAUGCGAAGGAUGCUGGCAAGGCGGUUGAGGCCGGUGUAAAGGCCCUUAAAUCGCUCUCAGUUUCCGAUGCGUGUGUGGCCCGCGGUAAGGCUUUGGCCGUUAUGGCCGUGGCUGAUAUUACUGAGAACCAAAGCUCCCUGCACCAUCAGCUGGGCGAAGAGUCGGUCGUCUUAGGACAAGUGUACAAGAAGAAUGACCUGAUUGCUGCCGUCAAUGCCGUCACCACUGGUGAUGUUCAAGCUGCCGCCAGGAAGGUUGCUUCCAGCAAAUUGGCCAUCGGUGCCGUUGGCAAUCUGUCCCACGUGCCGCAUCUUUGUGAGUUGCAUUAAUUCCCGAAAUAGAAGUAGCACGGCCGAGAGAGGAAGGGAAAUUUUCUGGAAAAUGUUACUGUUAUUGUUUCUUCAUCCUGUGGGACACCAACUCCGAUGUCGUAUUUGUACGUGGCAACCAGCGCAGGCACAGAGAAACAUAAACGCACUAUGCAUAGCAGAAGCUGUAGUAUAAUUCAAACUUAAAAACUAUCCGACGACAAAACCGUACAGACGAGACGCCCCCAACAGAACGAAAUUGAAAUUAAUUGGAUAUGCGACCCCUUGGGGUCGGCAUUGGCUAGUGGUAUCGUCAUAACCAUAUAAAACCAAGGAAUAGAUUGAUUCUAUAUCGAUGUAUUGGAUGUGUUUUACUGGGCUAUGGAAGGAAAGCUAACCCCACUCGUGGUGCAAAAACAAUUUAUUCAAUAAAUAGGAUAAACGUCAAUUUUUCCCUG